AUGGCUUCUCGUGUGCUUCGCGAUGUCACCAACUACAAGCGGUCUCAACUGGCUGAUCGUCGUACCGCUUUCGAAGAACGCAAGACUGAGCUUCUCGCCCAAACUCAGAACAGCGACAACCCCAUCCUAACGCUCAUCGAGGGCUUGGAGAAACUCGGCCUCAAGUCUACCACUGCGCAGACUUCAACUGGCGGAUUCUCUCUCUCCAACGCCAGUCAGAUGCUCACCCAAUCUACCUUCGAUGCUUCCAUCCCUGUGGCUCUUCCUUCAGCUUGGCAGGCCGAUCUUGAGCGCCUCCUGACCAUCCAGUCCAACAAGUUCGCCUAUACUGAUCUCUUCUCUCGCCUCGCCACAGAAUGGGUCGACAAGCCUAAUGAUGCCAAUCUUCUUCUCGACACCCCUUCCAAAGGCGACAGCACUUCGGAGUCCUCGGACACCGACAGCUUCGAGUCGGUCAAGGUUGGUCGCGGAGAGAUGUAUCGCCAGCGCCAGCAGUGGGACUCGUUUGUCUUCACUGAGCGUCAGACAGACACGGCUGCCAUUGAAGCCUACCUCACCAACCUCUUCGUUGAGCCUCAGCAGAAGAAGAAAGUUCGCGAGACUCCAUUCGAGCAACUUCAGAAGGCCUUCAAGGAGUGGACCGUCAAAGACUCUACUUGCUCCACCUCCGAUGUUGAGCUAGCUAUCAAAGCUGUGCUCAAGGCCGAUCUGCUCAGUGGCCGCAAGAGAGAUGAGCUGAUCGCACUUGCCAGUGCUGGUAAAGGUGUGCUUGCAGAGGUCGCCGACGUCAUCAACAUGGAGAUUGCGCACUUGGAUGAUUGGUCGUGGAAGCCAUCCCCAAUCCCUGCUCAAAUGAGAAAGCAGCUGAACGGAAAGUACAGGGUCUACAUGGAUCCCGAAAUCCACCAAGCUCUUCUCCUACAGUACGUUGGCAUUCGCUUUGCAGUGUCUACCAAAGCCAACUUCAUAUCUUUCCUUCGCUCCAAAGCAUGGCCAAAGUCAGCCCACAACUCAAUGUCCUCCAAAGACCAUGCACGUUUUGCCUUCUAUGUCGGCGAGAGAAAGGCCAGGUUCCAGAACUCAGUCUUGCAUACCCGUCGAGAGCAGUUCAAGGACGACUUCUUUCUGACCCAGCUCCCCGACAAGCUUGAAGAAGGUUGCCGUGACUACAAUAACUCUGACGACUCGGACAACGAAGACUCUGACAAGAAAUCGCCCCUUGAGGUGAAGCAAACUCUUCUCCGUUUGGCCACUACCGAGCUCAUGGUCCAGCGAAAGAUCUACGGGAGUUUCACCCUUUGUCAGACUGACUUCAAAUGGUUUGGUCCCAGCCUUCCACACAGUACCAUCUUCGCUGUUUUGAAGUUCUUGGGUAUUGAGGACUCGUACAUCGAGUUCUUCAAGAAAUACCUCUCCAUGUCUCUCAUAUUCCCUCAGGACGGUCCAAACUCCGAGCCUCGUACACGUCUUUGUGGUGUGCCUAUCAGCCAGACACUCAGCGACGUGUUCGGUGAGACGAUUCUCGCAUGUCUCGACUUCGCAGUGAGCAAGGCAACCAAGGGUCGAUGCCAGCUCUACCGCUUCCACGACGAUGUCUGGUUCUGGGGCCAGAAGGCAGACUGUGAGGUGGCUUGGGAAGCUAUCAAGAAGUUCACGGAUGUCAUGGGUCUAGCACUGAAUGAUGAAAAGACUGGCUCAAUUCAUGUGAGCGAUAAGGGCGAGAAGCCCUCAAGCAUCCUCCCCAUGGGCGCUGUGAGAUGGGGCUUCCUGGUCCUGGAUCCUGUCAAGGGACGCUGGGUCGUUGACAUGGCCAAUGUCGACGAGCACAUUGCUGAAAUGCGCCUUCAGUUUGCUCAGUGUCGUUCGGUGUUCUCCUACGUCCAGGCUUGGAACAGUUACAUGGGCAGAUUCCUGGGUAACAACUUUGGUCAUCCCGCCAACUGCCUUGGUAUCGACCAUCUUGACAUGGUCUUUGCCACCUUCAAGUACAUUCAGAAGAAGCUCUUUGUGGACGACAACAACAGCACUGGCUGCGAGGACGUCACCUCCUACCUCAAGUCCAUUAUUGGAGAGCGUUUCAGUACCAAAGACGUCGCCAAUGCCUUCUUGUAUUGGCCUGUUGAGCUCGGCGGUCUGGAGCUGCGCAACCCUUUUAUACCCUUGAUGACUGCUCGUAAGUCUUUUGAGGAGUUGCCGGAUGACAUUCUCGAGGCCGUAUGGGAAGAAGAUGAGGAGCAGUACGAUGAUUACAAAUCAGCCUUUGAGAAGGACAGCAGCAAGCACCGUGUCGACGUGCCCUCAAACUGUGAUCCUGAGAAGUUCUUCUCUCUCGAGGACUUUGUUCGAUUCCGAGAGGAAACCUCCCCAUACCUCAGGGGUGCCUACGAACAGCUCUUGGAGUCACCUAGAGUCGAAGGACUGGAGUGCACACGCUUCGUCAAGUAUGCCUUGGACACCAUUCCGAUUGAGUACCGCAGCUCUAAGCACAUCAAGACCUCGUACAGCGAGAUGGACGUCUACUGGCGCUGGACUGUCCACCUGUACGCUGCCGAAGCCAUGGAGAGAUUUGGAGGACUGGGUCUGGGCGAGAAAGAGAUGUUGCCAGUCGAGCUCGUCAACCUCCUUAGAAGUGAGAGAGUGCGCUGGCAGGGAUGA